AUGGCGUCGCAUAGAGAUCUAACUUCCAAUACUCCGCAAUUAUCAAUCAACGGGAACCGAGGGGACCACGCCCAGAAUUCCAACAACAACUCCCUGGAAUAUAUCUCGAGAAACCCCUUUGCAGACGAAGCAGAAGUCGAAGAUGUCUCGUCGUAUUCUUCAUCAUCCCAUAAUCACCAAGUCGAGCACCUGACUCUGGAAUCAGAUUACGGCAGACCUUUCAACGCCUAUGGUGGAGGGUACCAUUCCAACGAGGGCAGUUCAAACCAGUUGGCUUUGGAAAACUCGAGCACUGAUGAAACUAGGUUAUUAAGCCGGGACUAUAACAAUAACCCCCAUAACAACACCACCACCACGAGCAACAGCAACAACAAUUUGAACCCCGGUAGUCCUGCUGAUUUCGACAGGUAUCCAUCGAGACUCGGCUCACGCGCCGUGUCAUCCACCUCGUUAACGUCGCAAUUAUACCUCAACCAUGAAGGCAAGGACAACAAGUUUAGUUUCAAUCGCGACACGCGUCAUCAAACUUCGCAAUACUCAAGCUCGCUGAUGGACGACUCGCUGAGCUUGAAAUCGCAAAGUGCCUACCCCAACGACUUUAGUCCCUUUGGCGGAUACCCCGCGACGUCGUUCCCCUUGAGCAUAGAUGAAAAGGAAGCCGAUGACUAUUUGCAUAACCCUGACCCCGUGUUGGACGCUGAGUACGACAAGAAUCGAUUUGUGUACGAUAUGAAGAAUAUCGACAAGAGAUCACUUGGUGGAUUAUUGGGGUUGUUUGCCGUUGGCCUAGGUGCCUUGUGUAUCUUUGUCUUGUUGCCGGCUUUGACUUAUUCCGGAGCAACGCAACAUUACAAGCCGCAGUCGUAUGAGAUCUUGACGCAGUAUUCGUACCCUAUGUUGAGCGCUAUCAGAACCACGUUGAUAGAUCCCGAUACUCCGCAGGAUGCCUUGCAGAAAAAGAGUAAGCUGGGCGAUAUGUGGCCCUUGGUGUUUAGCGAUGAGUUUAACGCCGAGGGAAGAACAUUUUAUGAAGGCGAUGACCAGUUUUUCACGGCACCGGAUUUGCAUUACGAUGCCACUAAGGAUUUGGAAUGGUACGACCCUGAUGCUGUGAGCACGGGAAACGGAACUUUGAAAUUGAGAAUGGAUGCGUUCAAGAAUCACAAUUUGUUUUACCGUUCUGGGAUGGUUCAAUCUUGGAACAAGAUGUGUUUCACCCAGGGCAGGAUUGAAAUCUCGGCCAAGUUGCCCCAUUACGGUAACAUUACCGGGUUGUGGCCCGGUUUAUGGACAAUGGGUAACUUGGGGCGCCCCGGAUACUUGGCUUCAACAGAAGGGGUUUGGCCGUACUCGUAUGAUUCAUGCGACGCUGGUAUCACUCCAAAUCAAUCCUCGCCAGAUGGACUAUCCUAUUUGCCAGGCCAGAAAUUGAACAAGUGUACCUGCCCUGGUGAACUGCACCCUAACCCUGGAGUUGGCCGCGGUGCACCCGAGAUUGAUGCCAUUGAAGGUGAAGUGAUGACCGAUUCCAAAGGCAACAAACCCAACAAUGGUGUUGCCUCGCAAUCUUUGCAAUUGGCACCCAUGGACAUUUGGUAUAUGCCCGAUUACAACUUCAUUGAAAUCCACAACAAGUCAAUAACGACUAUGAACACGUACGCGGGUGGGCCCUUCCAGCAGGCGUUUUCAGCCACAACAAUGUUGAACGUGACUUGGUACGAAAAGGGUGACCACGCGCACAAUUAUCAAAACUAUGGAUUUGAAUACUUGAACGAUCCCAACACGGGCUAUUUGCGGUGGUUUGUAGGCCAAGACCCCACCCUUACCGUCUACUCGCAAGCGCUCCACGAAGACGGCAACAUUGGGCCCAGAACGCUUUCGAAAGAACCCAUGGCGAUCAUCAUGAAUCUAGGCAUCAGUAACAACUGGGCUUAUAUCGAUUGGAACUCGAUCAAUUUCCCCGUUGAGAUGCAGAUUGACUAUAUCCGCAUCUAUCAGCCGGCCAAUGCUCAAAAUAUCGGGUGCGACCCUGAUGAUUUUCCCACGUAUGAUUACAUCCAGAGACAUUUGAACGUUUACGAAAAUGUCAAUUUGACGAGUUGGGAAGAUGCCGGUUAUACCUUCCCUAAGAAUAGCUUGACUGGGUGUUGA